AUCUCCACUGAAACCAUGGACUCAAUGGAUGAUUAUACGAAUGGAGGAAAUAAUUUUGAACAUGUGGCUACCCAAACCGAACCAAUUUUUUUCAAUGAUUCACCGAUACCUAGUGAUGGCCCAUCAACAUUAUUUUGCUGGCAAAAUUCAGUAACUAAUGAAGCUUCCACACAAACAUCUAUCGUCUUGACAAAUAAGUGCCAAGUCAAAGUGUCGAUACCACUACCAAAAAAAACUAAAAAUGUUUGCAUUGGCCCAAACUAUCCAUUAAAAAUGGGAUUUGCUGGAUUUGAGGACAUAAAAGAUGACACAACGAUGAAGCAACUGGGAGGAAUAUCCUUAUCUUUUUUUCACGUGUUACUGGCAUUUAUUCAACCGCAAGAAAAGGGACAGCCAGCUUUUUACAGAAUUUUGAACGGAAAGAAUAGACUGCUAUUGUUCUUAAUGAAGAUGAAACUUGGAUUAAGCUUUGGAGCAAUCGGAUGCAUUUUUAAGGUUUCAAAAACAACUGCUUCAAAUAUAUUUUAUGAAGUUCUUGAAACUCUUUAUGAAAAGACGAAAACUUGGAUAUUUUGGCCUUCGAGGGAAGCAAUAAAAGAAAUCAUGCCUUCAGCAUUCAAGGAUCAUCCUAAUUGUCGUGCAAUAAUAGAUUGCACUGAACUUCCGUGCGACACACCACCAACUGUUGAACAACGAAUCCAUAUGUACUCGAGAUAUAAGGGCGGCUUCACGGUCAAGUUCUUAAUUGCUAUUUCUCCUUCAGGUAUGAUCACCUUCAUUUCUAAAGGAUAUGGUGGUCGCUCUACUGAUGGAUUUAUUACCAAUGAUUCCGGAUUCAUAAGCCUGGUGGAACCUGGUGAUGAAAUUAUGGCGGACAAAGGAUUUCCUCAAAUAAGAACUGUACUUCUCGAACGUCAGUGUGUACUCGUAAUGCCUCCGUUUGCUAUGAAUCCUCAAUUUACAGUGGAAGAAAUUUCUCAGGGUUAUUCGAUAGCAUCAGUUCGAAUUCAUGUAGAGAGGGCUAUUCAACGGGUAAAAAUUUUUUGCAUUUUACGUCACAUUUCUAUUGAAUUGUUAGAAUACAUAGAUAAAAUCAUGUACAUCGCCUGCGUUCUGGCAAAUAACAAAGAACCAAUCAUUCGGUUGGAGGCUCCGGACUCUGAAUAAAACUUCAACAGAAAACAAGAA